AUGAAGUUACUCCAGUAUUUGCUGCAUAUAGCAGCAAUCUCUUCCGCUGCAGAAGCAGCAAUUGCACGACGGGCCGAUCCACUUGCGAAAGGUGCGCCCAAGUCUGCGUAUUGGCCUAUUCCGCCUCAGCCGAAAGGACCCACCAAGCCGUACGUUUUCGGCCACGUAUCUGCAGCAGCUGUAUGCUCUGGCCCAGUGACCAGCAAUCCCACCAGUUUCUGGAUGGACCAGCAAGAUCACACUGGAAACGCUCGUGGCUAUGCUCCAUUCUUGGGUACAUUCUACAACUAUAAAACCUACCGCAAUGUCGUGAAAGACUAUGGUGCCAAGGGGGACGGCACAGGGGACCAGACAGCCGCUAUUCAGAAUGCGCUCAAUGAUAAUAGCCAGGGAGGAAACCGGUACCAGGGGCCGCUUGCUGCGCAGCCUGCACAUGUGUUCAUCCCGGGCGGCACGUACCAGCUAGGCUCAAAACUUGACCUGAGAAAAGGUACCAUCAUCAUGGGAGAUCCAAACAAUCCCCCCGUACUGAAAGCCGCCCCUGGGUUUUCUGCAGAGGUCCUUAUCGAUGGCUACGACGCCGCGAGUGCGCCUGAGACAUCCUUUAUGACUCAGUUGCGCAACGUUGUUAUCGACACUACUGCACUUUUGCCGAGCCAGAAAAUCACCGCGCUUCGCUGGGGAGUAGCCCAGGGUUGCGCUUUGGGCAACGUCAAGAUCAACAUGCCAUCCAGCUCCACUGGCCAUACUGGUAUUUGGCUCCAAGCCGGCUCCACGAUCGCAGUGACGGAUGUGCAAAUUACAGGCGGGGCCAUCGGCAUCCAAAACAAUAACCAGCAAGUUAUCUUCAAGAACAUCUACUUCAAAUUUUGCACUACGGCAUACGUCGCACCCGGCGGUUUCAAUUCGCUAUUGCAAGGCGUCACGUUUGACACCUGCGGUGUCGGCAUUGACGUCACACAAAACCAUGGAGAUGUCAUUCUUCUGGACUCUGAGAGCAAGAACUCAGGUAAUACGAUCGUUUUCCGGGACUCAUCGAACGAUUCAGGAAACCGCAACAACCAGAUCGUAAUCCAGAAUCUCAAGCACGAUACGAACAACCCGAUAGCAGUGAAGUCGAGCGGCCAAGUCGUUCUCGCAGCACAGUCCACAGUCACAACCUGGGUAUGGGGUAACGCCUCUCCAGGGCAAUACCAAACAGGUGUUACCUAUCCGAACUCGCGACCUCAGAAUCUUCUCGAUGCGUCAGGCAAGUUCUUCAUGAAGGAUGCACCCACCUUUGCGGGUUAUGCCAAUGAUCAGAUCGUCAACGUGAAGAACGCAGGGUUCGAUGUGAAGGGCGACGGAAGGACCGAUGAUUCUGCAGCGCUGAACGCGAUUCUGCUACAGAACGCUGCCAACUGCAAGAUAACGUACUUCCCUUACGGCGUCUAUGUUGUCCUCUCCACCCUCUUUAUCCCGCCCGGAAGUCGUAUUGUCGGCGAAGCCUGGCCCGUUAUCAGUGGAGCAGGCGAUAAGUUCAGAGACGCCAAUACUCCUGUUCCUGUUGUCAAAGUCGGUAAUGCAAAUGAUGUCGGUGUGGCCCAAAUCUCCGACAUGCGGUUCACGGUCGCAGAGCCGCUUGCUGGAGCAAAGAUUAUGGAAUGGAACAUGGCUGGAACUUCUAACGGAGAUGUCGGAAUCUGGAACUCGAUCGUGAACAUUGGCGGCAUGCGUGACUCGACAGUAUCGGCCCAGUGCCAAUCGCAGAAUCCCUGUCAGGCAGCGCACACGGUUUGGGUGUGGACGGCGGACCAUGAUGAAGACCAAACGUCAGGCAAUCUGAUUAUUUCUACCGGACGCGGAAUUCUCGUAGAAGCCACAAAAGCAACAUGGCUAGUAGGUACUGGCUCUGAGCACCACUGGCUCUACGGAUAUAACUUCAACAACGCCCAGAAUGUCUAUGCUGGUCUGUUACAAGUGGAGUCCCCCUACAUGCAGGGUCGGGGCGCCAUCCAAGUCGCACCAGCCCCAUGGACUGCACGCAACGGCGACCCUGACUUCAGCUGGUGCGCCGGAGGCGAUGGGUACUGCCGCUCCUCCGUCGGCGUCAACGUGCAGAACUCGCAGAACAUCAACUUGUACUCGUCUUCGACUUGGGCGUUCUUUGAUGGACCUUGGGACGGGAACUACGGAAAUCAAUGCGCUAAUCAGGAUUGCCAGCAGAACAUGAACCGUGUGGCUGGAAGCACAAGCUCGUUGACAUGGUACGGUGUCAACACGAAGGCAGGAAAGACGAUGAUAUUGGAUGGCAAAGCAGACCCACAGACUCUGAAUAACCCCGGGGGCUGGGGUGGAAGUUUGGUGGCGUAUCGACAGUUUGCGUAG